AUGGCUGACCAUGGUUUGGAUGACAUACCUACAGCAUGCCCCCACUGUGCAUCUUCUCGGGCUGGUCUACUUUGUGUGUGUCCAGCUGGCAACUCUCCAGUUCUGGUGGUGGAAAUGUCACAGACAUCGAGUAUUGGUAGUGCAGAAAUUUUUGCUUCACAAGAUAGAAAAAAAGAAAGAAAUGCCAGCAGAGAAUCUUCUCUAAAAGAUUUGUCCAUAAGAACUUCAAAUGUGGAGAGAAAACCUCAGCAGCAAUGGAGUCGGAGCAAUGUCACAGAAGGAAAAGUACCGCACAUAAGAAUGGAUAAUGGCUCGGACAUCGAGGAAUUCUAUACCUUUGGAAGAAUAUUGGGACAGGGGAGCUUUGGAAUGGUCAUUGAAGCUAUAGACAAGGAAACGGGAGCAAAGUGGGCAAUUAAAAAAGUGAAUAAAGAAAAGGCUGGAAGUUCUGCAGUGAAGUUACUCGAGCGGGAGGUGAACAUCCUAAAGACUGUCAAACAUCAACACAUCAUCCACCUGGAACAAGUGUUUGAGACGCCUCAGAAAAUGUACCUUGUGAUGGAGCUUUGUGAGGAUGGAGAACUCAAAGAAGUCCUGGAUCAAAAAGGGCACUUUUCAGAGAAUGAGACAAGGCUGAUAAUUCAAAGUCUUGCAUCAGCCAUUGCGUAUCUUCAUAACAAGGAUAUAGUGCACAGAGAUCUAAAGCUGGAAAACAUUAUGGUUAAAAGCAGCUUUAUAGACGAUAACAAUGAAAUGAACUUAAACAUAAAGGUGACUGAUUUUGGCUUGGCUGUGCAGAAGCAUGGCUCCAGGAGUGAAGGCAUGAUGCAGACUACAUGUGGUACUCCUAUCUAUAUGGCACCAGAGGUCAUCAAUGCCCAUGACUACAGCCAGCAGUGUGACAUUUGGAGCAUAGGUGUCAUAAUGUACAUUUUACUGUGUGGAAAGCCACCCUUUAUGGCAAAUUCAGAAGAAAAGCUCUUUGAAUUAAUAAAGAAGGGAGAACUACAAUUUGAAGAUCCAGUCUGGGAUUCUGUAAGUGAUUCUGCAAAAAAUGCUUUGAAACAACUCAUGAAAGUAGAUCCUGCUCACAGAAUCACAGCUAAGGAACUUCUAGAUAACCAAUGGUUGACAGGCAAUACUCUUUCUUCAGCGAGACCAACCAAUGUAUUAGAAAUGAUGAAAGAAUGGAAAAAUAACCCAGAAAGUGAUGAGGACAGAAAGACGGAUGAGGAGACUGAGCAGCCCACUAAAGAAAAUCCAUCUGCAAAGACAGCAAAGCAGCCCACUGCUGCAGCAAAGAAGCCUGAUGCAGACAGUGUUGACAUGACCUCUUCAGACUCAACAUCCUACAAACUCCUUUCUGCUGAAAUCAAAGCAGAACCAGAGAAAAGCUCCGGGACUGUAAGCCAUGCAGCAGUGGCUAAAGGGACUCUGAAAUCCACUACCUUGUUUCGAGGCAAGAAAAGGCUCUAA